AAAUUCCAAGAAUUCCACAGCUCCGCCUCGUCAAUUCGUGCAGUCUCGUUCAGUCCAGCUCAUUUUAGGCCAAAAGGGCCGAGCCCAAAUAGUCAGUUCGCUCUUCGAGCACUUGUAGAUUUCGUUCCAACGGUGAGGGAAGUUAGGCAGCAGCAGGGACGUGCUCAGAGUUUCUCAGAGCUGGGAGCUCGUUCAAUACAUUCGAGGGUUGGUCAUGUUGCUCUAGCGAAGGAGAGCGCGCUCCGUCGAGAGUGCGAGGGCUUUGAUUCGGUGGUUGGCAAGGUGAGGCGGUCGUGAGCGUGCUGGGGUGUGAAUUCGGCGAGCAGGCAGGCAGGGGGAGGCAGCGACAAGAAGAGGAGGGCUGGUUGGUGAGAUUGUGAAGACUGCUCGCUCGCUCGCUCGGCAGUCGUCUCUCGAGAAGGGCCGGUCGUGGAGGUAGCGGCGGUGAAGAUGCAUUCGGGCGAGGAACGCAGAGUGCUGAACGCGGGCAGUGCGUCGACGCACGAGGAGGAGGAGGAGACGAGCUCGUUGCGGCGCUCGGCCUCUGUGAAGCAGCAGAACGCCGAAGGCGGUCACGCUCGAAAUCUGAAGAGGUAUGGUUCGCAGUCUUCGCUCGGGCAAGGAGUGCAAGUCGGAUCGACCGGGACGGUUUUCUCGCUCAUCGGGCAGGAGGAUCGCUCGAGGCCUCAGAGAGCGCCGCACCAGCAACAGCAGCAGCAGCAAUCGUUCCGGAGCAAAUCCGUCUCGUGGAAGGACCCGAUGAUGUACCUGCAGAGGAUGGGGAGCCGCAGAGUGCCGGUGUUCAUUCCCAGCAAGCCCGCCCGCAGCUACCGCCAGCAGCCCAAGCCACAGCCUCUGCGCAAAGAUGCAUCGCCCGAGCGCAAGAAACCCUCCGCAUGGGCUCGUCUCAUGAAGAAGCUGGGCCUGGACGGCGGCAAGAAGGUGCACGCGGCUCGGGCGGAUUGGCUCAACUACGACGCCCAGAGCUACGCCAUGAAUUUCGAGAAAGACAGAGAAACUCAAUCCUCCUCGAGCUAUCAAAUGCCGAAAAUCUCAGGUCCCGGGGCUCGCGAGAUCGUCACCGUCUUGCUGCAGAGGACGUCAUCCAUGAACCGGAAUUCGGGCUCCAUACUGAUUCCGAAGCCGGUGCCUCACACCACUUCCAAGGCCGAGAUGAGCACUCCCCUGUGGCAAAGGAGGAGUGUCAACGCCCCCUCGUCGCUCGAUCUCCAUAGGUUCCGACCCUCCACCGUGGGCAGAGCCAGGCGAGGGUCCGCCGUCUAGAGCACCUUGUUUCUCUGCGAGAACUACUUCUGCUGGAUCUUUUUCUGCCGGCCUUUCACCAUCGAUGCCGCAGUGAUGACCACCAGUCAUCACACGAGGAAUCAACACAUGGGUGAAGUUUGAUCGUGAAGACCUCGGGCCAACGCUUUAGCUCUACGCGUCCGAUUUUCUAUAUGCACUCGAUUAGCGUGGAGGUAGUUCGUUCAACCCUUACCAGCACCAACAGCAUGUAAUGUUAUCAUGUGUCUACAUAGGCAAGUACUGUAACUCGGAAGAGUGUCGAGCCAUAAGUGUGGGGCAAUCGUCAUACGUCUUAUCUUUAUCGAGCCCAGCAAGAGAUGAUUACUGGCAGCGCAUCAGCUGCAUCGAGCUGCUCUCUCCAUCGUCUGGCACUUCGGGCGGAACGCAAUUCUUUCAAAGCGUCGAGGCUGUGCUCAGUCAGACCGGGGCUCCGUGGAAUUGAGCAGGAUUCGCUGUCCUCACAUUCGAAGACAGGCUCGCCCCCGGGCCACGAAAGGCACGAGCCGGGGCUCUGCGAGACUGCCGCAGAGCUCCGCUCGUGAACGUCGACAAUCAGAACGGUUCAAGAAGGCAUCAGCUCCAUGUUCGGACGGAUGGGCCGACGAGCAUCCAAAUUUUUGCUAGAGGAGGAAGAGUGAGUUUCCCGGAAGUUCAAUUAGACGAGUACCUUCGGAGGUUGCGUAGCGAGCACUGUACAUUACCUCGUCUAUUGUAGAUAAAUCGAGUGCUUGAUAGACGAGUGACGGUUUGACGUUGCGAAUGUCGAACGAAUCAGCACUCGGACUCGAUUUUAUUUUGUUGUGUAAAUUAUCGAAUCUUCGAACCCUUUUUUCUUCUUCCAAUAUACAAAACUAUUGCAAUC